AUGUCUUCACCCAGUGCAGGCAAAAGGCGAAUCGACACAGACAUUAUUAAACUUAUAGAAAGUAAAUUGGAGGUAACGUUCCUGUCAGGUCUGAAUGAAUUUUGUGUUAAAUUUAAUGGGCCGAAAGGAACACCGUACGAAGGUGGAAUAUGGAAUGUACGUGUUCACUUACCUGAACAGUAUCCUUUUAAGUCGCCUUCAAUCGGUUUCAUGAAUAAAAUUUAUCAUCCAAAUGUAGAUGAAUCGUCCGGGACAGUCUGUCUGGAUGUAAUUAAUCAGGCAUGGACAGCUCUUUAUGACUUGUCAAAUAUAUUCGAGUCAUUUUUGCCCCAGUUGCUCGCGUAUCCCAACCCAACAGAUCCUUUGAAUUCUGAUGCAGCUGCCUUGUAUUUACACAAACCAGAUGAUUAUAAGAAGAAAGUGCAAGAAUAUGUUCAGAAAUAUGCUGCAAAACAUGUAUUUAAAGAUCAGGACAGUAAUGAUGAUUCAUCUGAUUCUGAAUCAUCCAUGACUGACAACACAGAGGACGAACUGAGAGAUAUGGACUUAUGACAUUCAUAUUUGUUAGGUUUCAAGAACUUUCUAUGGAACUUUUGUUACGUAGUUUAGUCAUCUCUGUUUCGGAAAAAAAACUGAGCGUAAGAUGUGAUACUUCAAGAAAACGCUAGAUGUCACUGUGUUACUUAAUACGAUGGAAAACUAGUCGACUUUAUUCUUCGACUUAACGUGUGUUAAACAUCGAUAAACAAGAGUGCGGCGGGGUUUUCUAAUUGCGGGGCCCCAGUGAACUUGUAAAAACCGGUGUAAAUUUGUG